AAUAAAUAGUUUCACAUUUUUAGACAUCAAAGUCCAACUUAUUUCCUUCAACAAGCAAACCAAUAUAUUCAUAUACUUUUAUACAAAACACAACUUCAAUCUUCAACAAACUACAACAACUUCAGAUCUCCUUCUUCUUCACCUGCAACUCACCACCACUUUAAUGGCGGCAAGCUGGAGCUACAGAGCUAUUAUCGCUCUCACAUGGUGGUGCAUCACCACAACCAUAACACAAGCUAUCUGGCUAGACCUACCUGAUUCAGGAACAAAGUGUGUAUCAGAAGAUAUUCACAACAACGUCGUCGUUCUCGCUGAUUACGCACUGAUUAACAAUGGAGAGGACUCGCAUCUUCACCCUAGCGCCACGAUUUCCGUCAAGGUAACCUCGCCAUACGGAAACAAUCUACAUCAUAAAGAGAACGUGACUCAUGGUCAAUUUGCAUUUACAACUACGGAAUCUGGCAACUACUUGGCAUGUUUUUGGGCAGACGGGAAUAAUCGUGCUGGUAAUCGUCUUUCCGUUAGUCUUGAUUGGAGAGUUGGUAUUGCUGCAAAAGAUUGGGACGCUGUUGCAAAGAAAGAGAAGAUUGAGGGUGUCGAAUUUGAACUGACAAAACUUGAAGGUGCUGUGGAAGCUAUCCAUGAAAAUUUGAUCUAUUUGAAGAAUAGGGAGGCAGAGAUGAGGCAAGUGAGUGAAAAGACGAACGCACGUGUGGCUUGGUUUAGCAUCAUGUCUCUUGGCGUGUGCAUUGGAGCUUCGGUUUUGCAGGUAUGGUACUUGAAGCGAUUCUUCCACAAGAAGAAACUUAUUUGAAACUUAUGUUUUAGAUUGCAUCACACGGUUAAACAUGACUAGUUUGAGAGAGGAGAUUUUGAGAUGUGGAAUUUGGUAUAAUUGUUGUUGUAUUAGUUGUUAAUUCUCUGAAGUACAUUAGAUAAAAUUCAAGCAGCCUGCUUUCCAGUUUCA